UAAAUUAUUUUCUACAGCUUGACACGAAACUAACGGGAAUUCGUCACGCUGCUGAUUUUAAAGAGAUUUAUACAUACAUAGCCAUCGCUGAAAAUCGAAAAAACAAAAUACAGUUGUGAAUGUCAAACAGCGGAUGAAUGAAGUGAUAAAAUUUUCCCACAUCAAAUCCAAAAUUGAGUUAUUGAAAACAUCAAAAUUUGUGUUUAUUUCGUGUCGUUAAUUAUUUGUAGCGAGCCAAGUGUUGAUUUUUGUUUAGAGUAAAGUAAAAUAUGGAAUUUAGUUUUAAUGUAAAUGAAGUGUUCAAGUCACCUAUAGUAGAGAUUACUCCCAAUUUGAUUCCUCCUGGAUAUACGGGAGAUAGAAGGGCAUUAUGGGAUACAGUUUCAAAGGUAGGAGAGGUAGUGAACCAAAUGGGGUCAGCCUCAGCUGCAGCUCAAGGACUAACUAAGGCAAUAACUACAGCUGAUAGGAUUAGGAAUUCUGAGCACAAAUUAUAUUUUCUUAUUGACAAAAAUGCAAAUAGUGGAAAAGGAGCCGUCACGGGAAUGUUAAAAACUGGUAAUAAGAGUUUAUACGUAUUCGACAGAGAUGGAAACCAUUAUCAAGUCCAACCGCCCUGUCUGUUGGACUUUUACAUUCACGAAACCAAGCAGCGUAAUGGUUUGGGGAAGGUACUUUUUGAGCACAUGUUACAGAAAGAAGGUAUCGCACCGGUACAAAUGGCUAUAGACAGGCCAAGCGAGAAAUUAUUAGGUUUUCUCAACAAACAUUACUCACUGAAAGAUCCCGUGAAGCAGAUGAAUAAUUACGUCGUUUUUGACGAUUUUUUUCCAAAAAGGUCUCUUCCAGCUCCCCAUGAACCGCAGACCCAAUCCGAAGGAAUUCGAAGCAAAAUUCAACAAAAUCCCAAUUCUGCGAAUGGUUUGCAACCGGUUCCAAGUCCUAUGGGCCGAUACGGAGCUCCGAGACCUCCAUGUAGCAUGGGACAGAUAAUUCACAACCAAUCACCAAAUGAACAAAGGCAGGAAACCACUGGUCAGUCUAUGCCUGCAAUGAACUAUCAAGCCUAUCAACAAUCCUAUAGUACCGAAAAUCCAACCUACGCCUCCCAAAGUACCCCAAACACGUAUUACGGUCAAAAUAAUUACAAUCAAUAUCAAGCUCAAAUGCAGGGUAACUAUCAAAUGAUGCCCGGUCAAAAUUGGCAACAAGAUCCUAAUAAUAUGACCCCUCAAGAGAUGUAUCAAGGUUAUGGGGCAACUGGUCAGCUGUUACAAGGAACAACAUCGGUAUAUCCUGUUCAAGGCCAGAACAUACAAAACGCAACCCAGAAUAUGUCAUACCAGAACCAGACCUUAGAACAAUACAAUAACUCUAAUGUCCAACAGAAUUACCCUAUGGAACAAACGACUACAUAUCAUGACAGUUACCAACCCCCAGCUCCAACCCAAAGCGAUAAAUCAGCUUACGCCGGUACAGCGCAACAAGCUCAAAUAGGCCACGCCUAUCAAUAUCAACAAUCCUCUUCGGAUCCAAAUGUUCAAAAUAUAUCCACACAGCAACAAUCUGAUCAAAUGGCAGCCGCUCAGCAAGCAGCUCAACAACAAAUUCAACAGCAACAACAGGCAGCUGACGCGGCCGCUCAGCAACAAGCUGCCAAUAUGGCAGCUCAAGAAAACAUAGCUGCACAAGAACAAGUUGCUAACAUAGCAGCUCAACAAGCGGCUAAUACGGCUGCUCAGCAACAAGCUGCUAAUAUGGCUUCCCAACAACAAGCCGCUAAUAUGGUCGCACAGCAACAAGCCGCUAAUAUGGUCGCACAGCAACAAGCCGCUAACAUGGCUGCUCAACAGCAAGCUGCUAACAUAGCUGCUCAGCAACAGGCUGCGGCGAUGGCUGCUCAACAGCAAGCGUCUCAACAAGCUGAAAUGGCGGCCCAAGAACAAGCUGCUUACUUAGCAGCGCAGCAGCAGGCGAAUAUGGUGGCUCAGCAACAAGCUGCGAAUAUGGCUGCUCAACAACAAGCUGCGAAUAUGGCCGCUCAGCAACAAGCUGCGAAUAUGGCUGCUCAGCAACAAGUCGCGAAUAUGGCUGCUCAGCAACAAGUCGCGAAUAUGGCUGCUUACAAGUACUCUCAAAAUGUACCCCAGAGUAUGGAACAAUUGGUGCCGCAGCAAGUUAGACCCCAGUUUACCACACCGUUAAUGCCGGCUGUGGCCUCGCAAGCUGCUUAUCAACCCGUCCAAGGUGUCCAUUCUGCUCCUUUACAUCUCAGUCAACCCAUGGCGCAGUUCGGCGCAUCUUCCGCAUCGGCGCCAACCUUUGCACCAAAUCAGGUUUCGUCUGGCUUGUCUGUUACGAAUUUCAAUCGAAACGCACCUCAAGUUAUGCAGACUUACAAUAUGGCAGCUGCCGGCGAUCAGGCUCGACGAGUUAUGUCCGCCGUCGGAACACCGUCGUAUGCAACCCCUGUAGCAUCUAAGCUGGAAAUCGCCCCCCAAAACUUGCAAUACUCGACCAACGCGCAGAACUUGCCGACACGAAAUUUUUCUGAAAAAGCGCAAAAUUUAAUUGGUAACCAAUACGCUGCUGGCGGACAAAUGGGAGAUUUUGAUGCGCAACAGAAGGCUCAAUUGCAGCAGGAAGUUUUCAUAAACGAAAUGGGUGAUCGGCCUUAUUCUGCGGGAGUUUGCGGCGCCGAUAGAUUUAAAGUUAAGGAAUUGAUACGUAAAAAGAAUGACGGCACUGAUUAUAUUAAAAAACCGACUGAAAAUGACUUGAAAUACGGAUAUCCUCCGCAGGUAUCACAGUCUCGUAUUUUUACCCGUCCAAUCCCCAUUAGACCACAGUACUCUUAGAAGUCCUUUAAGUUCAGUCCCUUCCCUUCUCAAAAUUCCUCAACCAAAUGAUUCCUGCUGCCUUUUAAAAAAAACUAGCAGGCGAAUAGCAUCCCAAUAAAUCAUAAACAAACUAUCCUUAGAAAAUAAAUAACAAAAUAUUCCAGUGAUGUACAAAAAGCACCCGAACCGUGGCACCACCACCAUACAACAAAACUAGAACGACCUCGAUCCUUAGUCAUUCAACAAGACGAAGCGCCCAAAGAAUUAUUCAAGGAAAAACACGAAGACGAAAACGUCGACGAGGACGAAGCGGACAAGGACUCUCUAGCCGAUUCCAUAGACAUCGGCAUAGAGGAUCUGGACAUUGAGGAACCGGUCAGAGGAAAAAUUAAGGUUAGGGGUACAACUGAAAAAUUCUUGUGCGCUGACAGCAAGACGCCCUCUCCGAGGAAAACUCCGAGUCAUCUCACGGAACAGGGCUAUUUCGAUUUGAAGUUUUAUCACAACAAACUGUGGUGAAUUUUUUUUUGUUGUAAUAAAAUUACCGUUUUAACGUG